CAGCUGAAGUCUGGCCCUGAAUCGUCUGGAAUGCGGUAGAUGGUGAGAGAAAUGGGACUUUUAUGGAAACUAGGAUCCUGAAACGCAACUUCACCCAAACGACAUUCAGUCUGACUACGGAGAACGAAGUACACGGGCUUCUCUGUGCUUCAAAAAGUUUGGAUUAUAGUUCACCGUCUUUUUUUAAUUUUCUUUUUUUUUUAUCAGAUUAAGUCAUUUCUUUACGGAGUGCAAGAAGGGUGUUGGAUUAAUCUUCUUGAAAGAAGUAAAUCAAUAAGUGCCUUCUGAACAAUUGCGCUCACACACUGAAUCAAGUGCCCAGGCAACGUGUCAAACAGGAGCAGCCAUGACUGACGUGGCACAAAAAGCAGAGAUCCUUCUUUCUUCUUCCAAACCUGUUGCAAAAAGCUACGUGCCCAAACUGGGCCAGGGGGAUGUAAAGAAUAAGUUUGAAGCCAUGCAGAAAGCAAGGGCAGAGCGAAGUCAUAGAAGAAGUGAGGAUGAACAGCAAAGAAGGAGGGAACAGUACAUCAGAGAGAAAGAGUGGAACAGGCGAAAGCAGGAGAUUAAAGAACUUCUUGCCUCUGAUGAUGAAGAAGAGGUUAAGCCGGCAAAACCAGAAAAAAGCUACGUGCCAAAGAUAACAGGAAGUGUAAAGGGUAAAUUUGCAGAGAUGGAGAAGCAAAGACAAGAGGGACAGAAAAAGAGAAAUAAUGAGGAAAGACAGAGGCGCCUCACACAAGAUUUAGCAGAAAAGAAGAAGAUUCAACGAGAGCUGGCCAAGAAAGCUGAGGAGAUUGAUGACAUUAUAUAUACUGGAUGUGAAUCAGAAGUAAAGGAAGGCGACGAUUCACUUCUCAUCAAAGUAGUUCCAGUAAAACAUUCAAAAUCCCCUGGCAAGAUUAAAGUCAACUUUGAAGAUCUGGAAAAAGCGAGAGAAGAGGAAGAGAAGCAGAAAAUUGAGGUGGAGAAGAAGAAAAGAUAUGAAGAGCACAGGCGUUCCUUCCGUGAAGCUAAACGUCGCUCCGUCUCGGAGGACAGUGAAACGCAAACCAAAGAAGUGAAGGAACAGAACACUCCCGGGAAGCUGAAGCUGACGUUUGAGGAGAUUGAAAGGGAAAGGCAGAAGCUGAGGAAGCAGCAGGCCGAGGAGGAAGCAAAGCGGCAGCUGGAGGAGGAAAAGCGCGCCUUUGAGGAAGCAAAACGUCACAUGGAAAACAAUGACGAGGAAGAACAAGGAGCCCAGUCUGUGAAAGAAGAGUUCCGCCCCGGCAAACUGAAACUUAGCUUUGAGGAGCUGGAACGGCAAAGAAUAGCGGAAGAAAGGAGAAAAGCAGAAGAAGAAUCUAAAAGGCGUAUUGAAGAAGAAAAGAAAGCGUUCGCCGAAGCCAGAAAAAGCAUGGUCUUUGAUGACGAUGACGAAAUUCUUGCUGCGAUUCUUAUCAAAGAAAAUGUCAAACCAGGGAAACUAAGUAUCAGUUUUGAAGAACUGGAAAGGCAGCGGCGUGAGGAAGAGCAUCGGAAAACAGAGGAAGAAUCCAGAAAAAGGCUUGAGGAAGAAAAAAGGCUGUUUGCAGAAGCCAGGAAGAGCAUAAGUCCAGGCCAGGAUCAGGAAAAUUCAGUCAUGAAGAAUUGUGGAGAUGAAAUACUAGAUGGAGACGAACAAGGACUUGUGAAAAGUGAUUCUCAAGAAGCACUCGCGCGAGGGAAACUGGAAAUUAAUUUCGAAGAGCUGCUGAAACAAAAGGAAGAAGCAGAACGAAGACGUACAGAGGAGGAGCGCAAGCAAAAACUGAAAAUGGAAAAGCAAGAGUUUGAGCAAAUGCGACUAGAAAUGGAAGAGGAUGAAGUAAAUGACAGCAUUGAAGUUUUAAGUACCGAGUAUGAAGAAUUGAUUAAGCUAAAGAGAACUGGCUCAAUUCAAGCUAAGAACUUGAAGUCCAAGUUUGAAAAGAUGAAACAACUCACAGAAGAGGAAAUUCAGAAGAAAAUUGAUGAAGAGAGGACCAGGAGAAAAGCCAUCGAUCUUGAAAUCAAGAAGAGGGAAGCUGAAAGAGUUCAAGAGGAAGAUGAAGAGGACAGCGGAACUCAAGCUACCAGAAUUGAUGCUCCUUUUAAACACAAAGUGGACAUGCAGGCUCGGUUUGAGCAGAUGUCCAGGGCCAGAGAGGAGGAGGACAGAAAGAGAAUUGAGGCACAGAAAUUGCUACGAAUGCAGUUUGAACAAGAAGAAAUUGACGCAGCAUUGCAAAAGAAAAAAGACGAGGAGGAAGAGGAAGAGGGAAGCAUCAUUUAUGGGUCAACAUAUGAAGAUGAAGAGGAUCAUGCAAGAUCUGGGGCUCCAUGGUUCAAGAAGCCUCUUAAAAACCAGUCAGUGGUUGAUGCGGAACCAGUUCGAUUUACAGUGAAAAUCAAUGGAGAACCAAAGCCGGAAGUGACCUGGUGGUUUGAAGGGGAAAUGCUGCAGGACUGCGAGGACUAUCAGUAUAUUGAGAGAGGAGAAACAUACUGCCUUUACCUCCCUGAGACCUUCCCUGAAGAUGAAGGAGAAUACAUGUGCAAAGCAGUGAACAGCCGUGGCACAGCAGCUAGCACUUGCAUUCUCACUAUUGAAACUGAUGACUACUGAUGCCCUAUUUUAGUGGAACGUUUCCUCUCUCCUUCACUUUCUCCAAGUUUCCUAUGGUGGGGCCAGAAAAAAAAAAAAAAAAUUCAAUUUGGAAGGAAAUUGCUUUAUUGUCAUUCCUCCAGUGGUUAAACAUUAUGGUCUAGAAAACACAUGAGCAUUGUUUACAUACUGAUCUGUUUUUGUUCAUGGUAUUGGUGACAAGGCUCAGCCUUCCAAGCACUCCGAAAUGGCAGAAGCAUAAUGUCAAUGUGUUCUACUUGUGCCACUAGGACCCAUGUUAAAUAUGAUUGUCAUAGUGGAACAUUCUUCAUAAAAUGAUGCACCAUACUGUUCCCUUAAGGGAAAAUAGGUUUUCCCUAAAUGAUAGUCUGCCACUUUGUCUAUAAAGACAAUAAAUAAAAGUCUCCAAUGUAAAGAAUUAAACAUAUUUCACAGAAAGUACAUAAAUUCAAGUAUGUUAUGUGUAACUGCAGCUCUAAAGUUAAUGACCUAAUUUAAAAGCCUUUAUUAACCCUCAAGAGCUGGUCACGGAUUGAAUAAAAUUGUGUUUAUUUCAAGGUGUUGUGGUUAUGAAAGUUGAAGGUUCUUGUUAGAAACUAAAGUUAAGGAUAACCUAGAAACUUCGGUUUAUACUUGUAUUUGCCAAUUCAUGGUAAAAUUGAACAAACAAGCAGAGUACAUUGUGUUGCAAAGUAAGAAACAUUCACAAUUGUAUGGCAACACUGGCUAACUACUUAACCAUAUACAGGAGUAUGACAAUUUCCUUUGCAGAUUAAAUUUUAGAAUUUGUCAAAACAGCAAUAAAAGUUUGUACAAACAGGUUUAGUGUAACAAGAACACUGAAAGUUCUAAAAAUAAAUAUUAAAUUAAAACUGCCUUUUUAUUGCCUCAAUGUAUUGGAACUGUACAAUAUAGAUUUACUAAUAACUACCAUACUACUUCAUUUAUGGCUGACUAACAAGUCAAGUCAAAGAGUAGGUAAUAUAAGCACAACACAGGUUUAUUUUGUGUGUGUUUUCACAGAAACACGAUGUUCCAGUCUUCAAAUACAACUGCAUGUCCCCACUUAUUGACAAAGCCCUAAAAAGGUACACUACCAAAACAAUGACAAUCUAGGUCUGAAGCAGUAAAUCGUAUCUAUAAAGCUCAGUCUCUCAAUUAAUCGUACUAACUGAAAUCUUGAUUUAUGGAUUUUUAUUGUUUUAAAGUCAGUGCAUGAACAUGAAAAAAAUACCAAGGGCAUGUGUAAGAAAGAACAGCGAUGGGCAGUCAACCAAAUCUUGAGUUGAAGAAAUAGUAACAACUGAAGUUUUUUUUCCUAGUGAGAAUAAAAUGAUUUUAUAAGCCAGGGACACACAGGCUGCAUGUGGCCCGUGUAUUAAUUCAAUUUCACUUAUGAAUAUACCAUAAAUAUUUAAACUUUGACUUGCUUUCUCUCAUAUAAAAAGCAGCACAUCAUUUUCAUUCUUACCGCAGAGAGCAAUUGCUUCUCAUCAAUUUACGGCUCCAAUUAAUUUAAUGAGUCUUCCUCUCCUUUCUCAAAUGCACAAACCCG